AUGUCAUCGUUUUGCCUGAACUCAGUGAUCUUAAUGACCAUGACCGUGGUCAUGGUGUCACACGUCGCAUUCACCGGGUGCACCGCCUCUGAUGACAGACCGAGCAUGAGUGACAUUCGUCUGGCCAAGAGGGACAUCGACUGCCACGAAAACAACGCCGACAGCGACGAAGGGUUUUUUUUUAGUUGGGCAAAUUUUUUCGGAAGCAGUAAAUACGACGAAGAUGACGAUAAACCGGAUUUCAUCACCACUUUCGACUUAAUCCGGCUUUUGGACGAGAAAUACGCUAUGAAGCAAUUCUAUUGCGUCAUAAACGAGGAUCCGUGUGACUCCGUCGGAAUGAGGCUCAAAGCUACUAUACCCGAAGAAAUAAACAAUGAUUGCGAACGCUGUACCUCAACAGAGACCAGCAAUAUCCGACGAAUUUUGAAUUACGUGAAGAAACACUAUCCAGAAUUUUGGGAGCGUGUCGAACCAAUUUAUAGAGAUAACAUGACUGUUUAA